AUGGCUGCCUUCAACCAACUCCGCCGUAACCAUUUAAUAGAUAAGAAAAGGCACAAUUCAUCGAGCCCUGAUUCUGGCAGCGGGCGCGGCCAUCCGGAUGGCAAUUUCUACACUCGAGACCCCCUUCGGUCCCACGAGUAUGAAGAUGAGCAGCUCAUCGUACCAAGCCACACCACUGAGAGACGCCUAAUGACCAAGAUCGAUCUACGAUUGAUACCUUGUCUGAGCAUCCUGUACUUCUUUGCAUUCUUGGACCGGACAAACAUCGCAAAUGCCAUCAUCUUCGGUCUUCGAGAAGACCUAGGCAUCGCCCCUGGCUCAACGCAAUACAACACAGCUUUAACCAUCUUCUUUGUGCCAUAUAUUCUGUUUGAGAUACCUUCCAAUAUCAUCUUGAAGAAGCUCAAGCCGCACGUGUGGUUGUCCAUCUGCAUGUUUGGUUUUGGCCUCGUUACCACCUGUCAAGGCUUGGUUCAAAAUUACAGUGGUCUGCUUGCCACGCGGUUCUUCUUGGGACUUACCGAAACCGGAAUGUUUCCAGGUUGGUUCGAUCUCUCUUCACCUCCUGCCAAGACUGGGCGGGAGCGUGCUUCAAUGCAGUCAGACGAGACGGAGACAUGGAUGCUAACGUUGGUCGCAGGUUGUUUCUACCUUAUAGGAAUGUGGUACAAGCGAGCUGAAGCACAAAAACGGUAUUCCUUCUUCUUCAGCUCCACAUCCCUUGCUGGGGCUUUUGGGGGACUCCUUGCCAGUGCAAUUGGGAAUAUGGACGGACUGCGCGGCUAUCGUGGCUGGAGAUGGAUCUUCAUUCUUGAAGGCCUUCUAACUUGUGUCACUGCCAUUUUCUUCUGGUUUCUACUGCCAGAUUUCCCAGAAGAUGCGAAAUGGCUGAAAGAAGACGAAAGGGCAUAUGUGAAAGCUAGAUUGGAAGUUGAUCAGGGCAAGUCCGGGCUCGAUCGUGCCAUUACCUUUAAAGAUGUUGUCAAUGUCUUCAAGGAUUACAAGAUCAUUGUGGGUGGCUUCAUGUAUUUUGGUUUGAUUGUUCCGGCAUACGGAUAUGCGUACUUUGCACCAAGCAUUAUCCGAACCUACGGAUAUUCUCCGAUACAAACACAGCUCCACUCUGUGCCACCGUGGGCCGCUGCCUUCGGAUUCUCAAUGUUGGUUGCCUGGGCUUCAGACAGGAUGAGACAUCGGUUUCUCUUCACUUUGGUUCCUAUUGCCAUUGGCAUUGCCGGGUUUGCGAUACUGCUGACAGGGUCCCGAAACCUCGACUUGAGAUAUGCGGCACUAUUCCUUGUGACAUCUGGUGUUUACUCCGCCAUGCCUGUGAUAGUUUGUUGGUUCAAUUUAAACAUCGGAGGUCACCACAGAAGGUCCGUCGGCAGUGCGUGGCAGAUUGGAUUUGGCAACAUUGGCGGCAUCAUCGCAACAUUCGCUUUCCUGCAGAGGGAUGCGCCGUUAUACAGGCCUGGAUAUGCUAUCUGUAUUGGCUUCAUCUGUCUAUCCGCGGCUAGCUGUACGGUAUACUUCAUCUCGGUUUGGGUUCAGAACAAACAAAGAGCCAGAUCGAUUGAUAUGGGUUUGACAGAUUAUGAGCGGACUGAACUGGGGGACACAGCGGUGACAUAUGGGUAUCAACUCUAG